UGAUUCUUUGUGUUUACGCCAGCCCUAAACGCCAUGUGGCGGCUUGCAACGCUUCCUAUUGCAUGGGCCUGGUGGGACAAUGGUCACAUGCUUACGGCAGAGAUUGCACGACAGCAGCUGAGUGAGAAUGAGAUCAAGACCAUCAACGGGCUGCUGGAGGAUUGGUCCGAUGAAUUUCCCGGUACCUCAGAUUUGGUCACCGCGGCAGUGUGGCCAGAUCAGCUGAAGUGCGGCAGCCACAGCGCCAUUUGUCGGCGGGAGCAGUUGGAAAACAUCCAUCUCUUUGACCCUUGGCACUUUGAUGAAAAACCCUACAAUCCUGAUGGAAUGAAGCUUCCAGAGGGUACUGAUCAGUGGAUGCCAAAUCCAUCUGCCUCCUUCACAUUGACAUCGGCCAUAGUUUCCAUGGGAACUUCAAACUCUCGUUUCACAUUCAACUUCAUGCUGCGAUGGGUGCUUCAUAUAGUGGGUGACAUCCAUCAGCCAUUGCAUACUGCCAAUGGAUUUUUCAAUGAUACGAACCGCGGCUAUUUACCCAAUGGCGAUCGAGGAGGUAACAGGAUCCCAGUGCUGAGUCCCUGCGGUGCCAACAACCUGCAUUUCUACUGGGAUUCAGCAGCUUGUGAGUACCUUUUGAAUUGGUCACCGGGAUUUGCAGAGCGAGGAGCUUUGACUGCAAAUGCCAGCUCUUUGAUCGCUGAGCAUCCAAAGUCAAGCUUCAGCGGGCGGUAUGACACGGCGCCACUGAACAACUGCUGGUCUGAGUUGAGGCAAACAGGCCGAAAAGACCCUCGCGCAUUUGACACCUGUCAACAAGUCUUUGUGAGCUGGGUCAAUGACACUUUCGAUACUGCUGUCGCAGGUGUGUAUAACAUUUCAAAGAACACAGAGAUUCCGGCCAAGUACGCUGCUUGGGCGAAGGAGCUUGCUCGGAAACAAAUUGCGCUUGGUGGCUAUCGACUUGGAGAUUUCCUGCGCCUUGUAGCACAGCAGGGAGUGGAAGCGCCACCCAGGAAGCAAUCGCAGUCUGGUUGGGACAUCACUACCAAGAUCUUCGCUGCUCUGACUUUCCUUUUUGCAGCACUCUUGGUGGUGCUAACGAUUUGCUUGCUCAAGCUUCGGCGAAGAGUUGUGACGUCUCCAAGCGAUGUUGAUACCUACGAACUCAACGCUGCAUGAAACUUCAGGGGAUCCGCCCGCUGAAAGAUCUGAAAGGAUGAUUUUGAAUGAUGUUGAGAGCGCCUGAAAAUAGAAAAAAGGUGAUGAUUCAAA